CGUGGUUUCGCAUGCUUGGUUUGUGUAUACCGCACAAUAAUAGCCGGCUGUUCUAGGGCCCUGGGCGGCUGCUGGGGUAGGUGGUGCUGCUGCGCGACGCCAAGGCAUAUAAAGAAAGCUUAGGUGCCUUAGAAGUGUAGUUUCUUCAGAUCAGGUCACGGCUAGAUCGGGGAAACGGAUGUGCCUUCAUGAAGCCAUGUCUCAGCUUGAAGUUGCAGAUUGGGAUGAAGACAGUCCUGCUAUGGACAGUGUGACAUACUGAUACUGCCUUGCUGGGUAGCACGGCAGACGUCGAGACUGAAGACGCCCUGUGUGCCCGCCUGGUGCCGGACGCUCUGCGAACGCUCGGACGUGGCCGCUCUGCGUCGGCUGACCACCACGCUGACCGAGAUACCGGAGACCUACCUGGCCGACAUGAUCUUCACCACCGUCGACAGCAGCGAUUCAGAGCGCGAGGCGGCGCUGGACGACAUGCUGCGCGUGCCGUACACGCGGACGGCGAUGACGUCAGCGCUGCGCCGCCGCCAGCUGGCGGACGUGACGCGGCUGAUGGAGCACGUGGCCCUCCGCCUGCAGUCGGCCGAGACGGAGCUGGCCGAGCAGGCGCUGCUGGACUGGCUGACGGUGCUUCUAGACUCCCAGUACGCCAGCCUGGCGCUCUCGGAUGGCCCGGGCGUGCGCCAGCUGCUGGAGCGGAUCGCCCAGUGGCGGGACCGCCAGGAGCUGGCGGCGCAGGAGGCGGCGCUGCUGCUGCGCACGCUGGACCAAGUGACGGCGCUUCGGCGCGACCCACCCUCGCCGCCGGCCGCCGACUACUGCGUCGAGACGCUCCAGCUGUGACCCGGCCCGACCGUCAGGACUGCCGACCUGGCCAGGUCACUCCAGACGUGACACGGGUCGGGUCAUGCGGAGUCGUGAGCCAACCCGUUCGUCCGGAGGUGAUUUGGCCGGCCCGGUCACGUCAGCUGGGGAGACUGGUCCGGACAAUAUCGGAGCCGCCCGGUCGCACCAGCGGUGACGUGACCUGGUGGCCAGCUGUGGCGUGACCUGGUAACACCAGUUGUGACGUGACCUGGUGACCAGCUGUGACGUGACCUGUUCACACCAGUUGUGACGUGACCUGUUCACACCAGCUGUGGCGUGACCUGUUCACACCAGUUGUGACGUGACCUGGUGACCAGCUGUGGCGUGACCUGGUGACACCAGUUGUGACGUGACCUGUUCACACCAGCUGUGACGUGGACUGGUCCCACCAGCUGUGACGUGACCUGGUGACCAGCCGUGACCACCGGGAGCGUCGCGUCAUCCACUGAUACGCGCCCGGCUGAGCGCCGCCCUGCCCCGAGCCGGAGGUGUCCGGGGACGUACACCUCUGUCAUGACCCGUGCCCGGUCGGGGGCUGGUGAGGGCCGCGCGGCUGGCAGUGUUGCCAGGGGAUCGGGUUCGCCUGGUCUGGCUCAGGCUUGGACGGCAGGCUUGGGGUUCCGCGAGUCCCCCCCCCCCCCCCUCUUCCCUCCUCCUCCACCGGGACUUGUUCUAGGGCGCGGCGGAUUUGUGGCGUUCAGGGAGACCCGCGGGUUCGAGGUGUGUUGAUGACAACCAGGACGGGUGGAAUUGGUGUGUGUGCUGGAAGCAGGCGUUCUCCAGUCGUGCUCAUCUGACUGCGGUGAAAUAGUGCGCACCUGACCACGGUGAGAUGGUGAAGGUGCGGAAAUAAACGCGCCGAUGCUAUGUUUUA